CUUGCUGACUUCUGAGCAUGGAGACGCCUUCAAUCAUUAACAUUUGAAUCUUCCCAUGACAGAUCCGAUGUUUCUUCUUUCCUUUUAGUUUACCUGUUUCGCCAACCUGUGUGCUCUUCUCCAUAUCUUUUACUCUUCCACUUGCUUCCUCUUUUUGAUUGUUGAUAAACAUCAAGCUCCCUUAAAAGGUCCCAUUCUUUUGAGCCGAAUCUUUGCUUCUUUUCUUCUCUGUCGUGCCUCUUAAGAUAUUUGGUAGGAUGAGAGAAUUGGGAUUGAUUUUAUUGUCUGUUCUAUUAAUUUUUGCAACACUUGAAGUGGUUGCUUCACAUGGAGAUCAGCCUCUUUCAACUAUUACCGUUCAAAGGGCAACUUUUGCUCUCCAUUAUCAAGCUUACAUAAAAGUCUCACCUACCCUUCUUGGGUUGAAGGGUCAAAAUACAGAUUGGGUGACAGUGGAGUUCAGUUCUCCAAAUCCAUCAGUUGAGGAUUGGAUUGGAGUGUUUUCUCCUUCCAAUUUCAGCGCUUCUUCCUGUCCUGCUCCAGCUGAUAAUCCAUGGGUAGAGCCUCCAUUGUUGUGUUCAGCUCCUAUUAAGUAUCAGUAUGCAAACUACAGUACUCCAAAGUACAAAGAAACUGGAAAAGGCUCGUUGAAGCUUCAGUUGAUUAACCAGAGAUCUGAUUUCUCUUUCGCGCUAUUUUCCGGCGGUUUGUCAAAUCCAAAGGCUGUAGCGGUGUCGAAUAAAGUUGCAUUCUCAAAUCCAAAAGCACCAGUUUACCCACGAUUAGCUCAAGGAAAAGUAUGGAAUGAAAUGACUGUUACAUGGACCAGUGGAUAUGGGAUUGGUGAAGCUGUACCUUUUGUUGAAUGGGGUCCAAAAGGAGGACAGCCAAUUCGUUCACCAGCUGGAACGCUUACUUUUGAUAGGAACAGCAUGUGUGGUGAACCUGCAAGAACAGUGGGAUGGCGAGAUCCCGGAUUUAUACACACCAGUUUUCUGAAGGAGUUGUGGCCCAACACAUUGUACACCUAUAAGCUUGGACAUAUUUUGUCCAAUGGAACAUAUGUUUGGAGUCAAGAAUACAAGUUUAGAGCAUCUCCUUAUCCUGGUCAAAAUUCUUUACAACGGGUCGUCAUUUUUGGAGACAUGGGAAAGGCUGAAGCUGAUGGUUCCAAUGAGUACAAUGAUUUCCAGCAUGGCUCUCUAAACACUACAAAGCAGCUUAUUAGAGACUUGAAUAACAUCGAUAUAGCCUUCCUAAUUGGAGACAUAUGUUAUGCGAAUGGGUACCUUUCACAAUGGGACCAAUUUACUGCACAAGUUGAGCCGAUUGCUUCAACCGUUCCUUUCAUGAUUGCAAGUGGUAACCAUGAGCGUGACUGGCCGGGAAGUGGAUCCUUCUACGGGAACAAGGAUUCCGGGGGAGAAUGUGGCGUGUUGGCGGAGACUAUGUUUUAUGUCCCUACUGAAAACAGAGCAAAGUUCUGGUACUCCACGGACUACGGCAUGUUCCGGUUCUGUGUAGCUGACACGGAACAUGAUUGGAGGGAAGGGACAGAGCAAUAUCAAUUCAUCGAGCACUGCCUUGCAUCUGUUGAUAGACAAAAGCAACCGUGGCUGAUUUUCCUUGCACAUAGAGUGUUGGGUUAUUCUUCUGCAACCUUUUACGCUGAUACGGGAUCUUUUGGGGAACCAAUGGGAAGGGAGAGCCUCCAAAAACUUUGGCAGAAGUACAAAGUUGACAUUGCCAUCUAUGGCCAUGCACACCACUAUGAACGUACAUGUCCGAUUUACCAGAAUAUAUGCACCAACAAGGAGAAACAACAUUACAAAGGCGCCAUGAACGGGACGAUACAUGUGGUUGCCGGUGGCGGAGGAGCAGGCCUCGCAGAAUUUACAACCCUAAACACCAAAUGGAGUUUCUUCAAAGACUACGAUUAUGGAUUCGUAAAACUCACGGUGUUUGACCAUUCGAGCCUCUUAUUCGAAUACAAGAAGAGCAGUGAUGGAAAAGUGUAUGAUUCUUUCACAAUAUCCCGGAACUAUAGGGACAUCUUGGCUUGCACUGUUGAUAGCUGCCCAAGUACAACCCUUGCCUCAUAAUCUAAAUUAAAACACAGAUUUUCCUUUCCUUGAUAUUAAUAAAACUAUUUUCCACACUAAA